AAAUAGAUUUCAUUUCAAUAGCGAGCCUCCUUGUGUACCAAUUAAUGUUCCGCAUCGUUGUGAGCGAACUCUCUGUGCGAAACAAGUGUGAGUGAAGGUGCAUCUUCGUCUUCAAACUCGUAUUUUGCGUUUCUUGUGUCAAACUGAACGGUGAUAGUGACAAAAUGCGUUCCAAGGAAAAAGUGCCUACUCGUAACGAGAUACUGAAGAAUUUCACGCGUGAAUUUUUACUCGAAGAGAAGAGACGGUGUGAAAUCGAUAGAUACGUGACCGAUUUUCGCAUCUUGAUCCAUAAAAGCCCUCACGAGAACCACAACUAUUUGAAUCGUCUUCUCCAGGACUACACUACGAUGUUCCUGUCUCACGAGAGGAUUUCUGCUAACAAAAUGAACCAGGAGGGAGUGAAAUACCAGCUGAAAUCCCAAUUGGCCUCCAGGAAGAAAGACUCACCGAAACAAAGGUACGUGAAAUCUAAAUUAUCGGAGAAAAACGACAGUAAUUCUGAACAUCAAAGCUAUUUAGUUCUGAGAGCUAAAACCGAGGAUUUCGUGAAGAAGCUAAGGCAAUACGAAGAACUCGAACAAAUCGCCUACGAAAUUUUCAUCCAGAAUUUAAACUCCGAAAUCAAAACAAACCAAUAUGAAAUCAAAGAAGUCAUCGAACCAAACAAUGUUUUGAAAUUGAAGAGUACCGAUGUGCCUAUCGAAAAACCCCAUAAAAAACACCACAAAAACGUUUAUGUUGUCAACAGUCCUGAAGGCCAUGGAGAACACUCAGGGAAACACAGCACCAACAGAACAGUAACGAACAGCGAAAAACAAAAUUAUGAACAUUUAAAAAGGGAAACCGAAAAGUUCUUGGCGAACAACAGAGAUUACAAUGAUGCGGAACAAAAAAUGUUAUCCGAGCAAUAUAAGAAGAACGCUUACAUAAAGAAAUAUGUCGACAAUUUGACUUCUUCUGAAAAAUCUAAGAAAGGCCCACAAACUCCCAAAAGAGGAAUAUAUUCCAAAAUAAAAAGUAUGAUCGGGAUCUCCCCUGAAAAUCCGACAAAAUUCUACAAAAAUGUCGAGGAUAAUUCUGAAACUCUUGUUGAUAGCACGAAAGCAUUCUUGAGAAAUGAGAAAAAAUACAACAAUUUCGAAUUCGAAGCUUACAAACUAUUCUAUAUCAAAAACGGCGAUUUUCAAAAUCCACUCCUUGAAAAAAUUAAACUCAUCGCAUACGACUCCGCUAGGGACACAUCAGAAAAUGGCAAUAAAAGCAAAAUUAAACAUUUAGUUGGUUUGAAGAGUGCAAAUUCGAAUCAACGGUCUUCGGUGAAAGAGGAAUUUGAGGAUUUCAAUACAGUGAAAUGCUCCCCAACUGAGAAAAAUGAACCAGAUUCAAAAAUGAAGGAAUUACAGAUUUUAACUACUGAAAAUCAUCCGAAUGUACCAUCAAAAUCAUCUAACGAAGAAGAAAAACGUUUACGAGAAAAUACGAAUCAUUUCUUGAACAAAAUGAAGGUGUAUGAAGAUCAACAGAGAUACUUUUUCGUGAUUCAUUUGAGAAAACAUCAUAUUAACCCCGUGAAAGAAAAAAAAGAGACAUUAUUCAUCAAAAUAAAACACUUGUUCUUCGGAAGACAUGAAAAAUCUAAAGAAAAAUCGAAUUACUUCAAAGAAAUUACCCAAGAGUUCCUGAGAAAUGAACAAUACUAUUAUAGUUUACAGACACAAGCGUUCCGUAUUUUUUCAAAAGAUGAGAGUUAUUACCAACCAAUUACCCUGAGAAAUCCUGAAAAAAUCAUGAAAAACGAAAGGAGUAUUUCUUUGGAUGCUGGAAAAUCAUUCAAAGUACAUGAGUCAAGACAAGAAGCUGUGAAAGAAAUAGAAAAGUCGAUGAAAAAAGAAACUGCUGAAAAAAGCGCCACGCUGAAAAAACGGCAAAAACCGAACAAAACGCAAUCUUCGUUGCAUCAAAGAAGUAAAUCUGAAGACCUUCUCAUGCUCAAAACUCGAAGCAAGAGUUUAGAUAGCAAAAAAUCGCCCACAGGUCAUAAAACCUUUUCUGAUCGCCUCAAAAGUAUGGUAGGCAUAGGCAACAGACGCAAAACUAGAUCUCGCGAAAAUAUUUCACGUCUUACUGAUCCAGUGCAUUAUUUUUUGGAACACGAACGAUUUUAUUAUAAUGGGACACCAAUAACCGAUGGGAAAUAUAGUAGAAGUUUUUCUGCAUUAGAAAACACAACUAAGGAUGGUACCAUAAAGACUAGAACAAAAAAGUUCAUAUCCACUGAAAACGUUCUUUAUCAGGACAGUAAUAACAGUUUAGCUGGUAAACCACCCAGUGGUAGAAGGAGAAAGCAGGAGAGAAACAGAGACGACAAAGAGAAAAGGAGAAGUAGAACUCUCUCACCAGCGCAAAAACUAGUUUCGAAAAUCAGAAACUUUGUACAGAAAAGCAGCCCAGAUAAAACCAAGACGGAUCUCAAAGGUGAUAAUCAUGGCUUACAGGAACCUUCAGCUGAUAUCCACCAAAAUGUACUCGAAAUACCUAACAGCCAACGGGAUAAUGCAAUAGUAAAUAUUGAAAUGGAUUCACCACAAUCUCCAACUUCAGUCAAAUCCAUAGAAAUUGAAGAAGAUGGCGUAAAAGCUUCGAAACAAAUGGAUAAGAAGAAACAAAAAACGUCGAUACCGAAUGAAAAGUAUAACAUCAACACAGAGAAAUCCAAGAAACCUAAAGAUCUAAACAAUAUAUUGGAUGAUCCCGAACACAUCAAAAACCAAACGAGACUAUUUUUACACGAUAUUAAAAGAUAUCAUGACAUAGAUAAAGAACCAAACGCCAUAGACAAAACACUGAUUUUCAUCAAUAACAAAAGUGAUGAUAAUUAUCCGAAAGAUAAAGAAAUGAAAUCCAAACAAGGAAGUUCCUCAGAAGUUCUGAAAACUGUUCAGUUGAAAUCAAUAAAUAAAGAUGGCAAAAAUGAGGCAGUACUUGAAACUUUUUCCGAAAACUAUAGGGAGAACCAGAAAAGGGUAGAAAAUUCAACUAACAUAGACACAACUGAAAAUUCUUCUCGAAAAAUCAUCCAUAAUAGUUUUGUGAAGGAAACAAAAAUAAUUCAGAAAGUAACGACACACAGAGUACAUCAAAAAUCCACCAAUAAAAUAAUCUCCCAUGAAUCGAAGACCACUAGAACUAAGGAAGAUAAACCACUUGCGAAAGAACAUAUUUACGAAAAUAUAUCCAUUUCUGGAACGAAUCAAAUCAGUGGUGGGUCACUUACUUCCAAUCAAGAAUCGAUAAAACAUACUACCACUGAAGCUAUUCCAAACCAGUAUCAUAUUCAUGAAGUACCCCUAAGCCUCGGUAUGGAUCUUACUCAGGUAGAAGUGAAACAAUCUUCUGCACCAACGGAGACAGAAAAGUCAACAAUGAAAGAAACAAGACCAAAAACGACAACAUUACCAAAAUCUAGUCCUGAAAUGAAUAAACCGAUGGCUGUUAGUAGACCACAGUCUUCUGUACAAAAAACUGGCCACAAAGCAGACGAAGCCGACAACGAAAAAAAUAAAGUUGGAAGACCGUCGAAGACGGCAACAGGACAAAACAUCGAACUCCUUCGCCAGUCCCCUAGUAAAUUAUCUGGUGAUAAAGGAAAACAUCAAGAAAAACAUAAGGAGUCUUCAGAAAAGUACACAGCGGUGAAGCUAGGUGAAGAGAACUUCAAGCCAACGACAACUCGAAAAUCUCAAUCUGAAAUGAUAAAACCAGUUGUUCUAAGUGAAGAAGAACAGAUGAGAUUGAACAAGCGAAACACUGACAUUUUCCUCAAAGAACAUCAGGAUUAUCAUAAUAAACAAAGGAAUGAAGAUAAUUUCUUCUUGAAAAAAGUUGCAAAACCAGAAAACCUCAUUUGGCUCUCCUCUAGACCUACGAAGAAGACCGAAUACACAACUACUGAAGUGAAAACUUCCAUACCAUCACAACUGACGAACAGGAAAUUACCUACUGAUGAUUUAUCUUCCAUAAAAAAACAAACCCAUGAAUUUCUGGAGAAACAUCAAUACCUCAUUCAUACAGAGGAGGUUGACUUCACUGAAAGAAUUGAUCGAUCAAAUGUCGACAAAGGGAAGAUCACUGUUGAAACUACGGAACAACAAACCUCCGCGCCGAAGAGGAUCGAAAAAUCGCCUAAAAAAGAAGAAAAAUCUAAAAAGAAUACUUUCUCCAAAUUAAGAUCUUUUGUUAGUGGAUCAUCUAAAAAACAAGCAGAAGAUGAAAGUAAUGCACUCCUUCGAAAACAAACUUCUGAGUUCCUUGAUGACAUGAGAAAACAUCACGAUAAACACAAAGAAGUCUCGGAUAAAUUCAAAGUGGUAUGGCUAAGUCAACAAAAUCUCAAACCAACGAUUUCUCAAAAAUCUAAAUCUGAUAUGAUAAAACCAAUUGUUCUAACUGAACAACAGAAAGAACAGUUGAGAUUGAUCAGGCAAAAUACAGACAUUUUCCUCAAGGACCAUCAAGAUUACCAUAAUAAACAAAGAAAUGAAGAUAAUGUCUUCUUUGAAAACAUGGGAAAACCUGAAAACAUGAUUUGGCUCUCAUCCAGACCUGCCAAGAAAAAGGAAAACAUAAUUACCAAAGUGAAGAAUUUAAUGUCACCACAACAGCCGAAGAAAACAAUACCUCCAUCUGAAACAAUUAAUAACAAAAUGAUUAGGGAACAAUCCGAUGAAUUUUUGAAAAAACAUCAAUAUCUCAUUCAUAGAGAGGAGGUUGACUUCACUAAAAAAAUUGUCCCCUUUGAUGUCGAAAAGCAGAAAAUCACUGUUGAAACUACGGAACAACAAACUUCUGCACCAAAGAGGAUCGAAAAAUCACCUGAAAAAGAAGAAAAAUCUAAAAAGAAUACUUUCUCCAAAUUAAGAUCUUUUGUUAGUGGAUCAUCUAAAAAACAAGCAGAAGAUGAAAGUAAUGCACUCCUUCGAAAACAAACUUCUGAGUUCCUUGAUGACAUGAGAAAACAUCACGAUAAACACAAAGAAGUCUCGGAUAAAUUCAAAGUGGUAUGGCUAAGUCAACAAAAUCUCAAACCAACGAUUUCUCAAAAAUCUAAAUCUGAUAUGAUAAAACCAAUUGUUCUAACUGAACAACAGAAAGAACAGUUGAGAUUGAUCAGGCAAAAUACAGACAUUUUCCUCAAGGACCAUCAAGAUUACCAUAAUAAACAAAGAAAUGAAGAUAAUGUCUUCUUUGAAAACAUGGGAAAACCUGAAAACAUGAUUUGGCUCUCAUCCAGACCUGCCAAGAAAAAGGAAAACAUAAUUACCAAAGUGAAGAAUUUAAUGUCACCACAACAGCCGAAGAAAACAAUACCUCCAUCUGAAACAAUUAAUAACAAAAUGAUUAGGGAACAAUCCGAUGAAUUUUUGAAAAAACAUCAAUAUCUCAUUCAUAGAGAGGAGGUUGACUUCACUAAAAAAAUUGUCCCCUUUGAUGUCGAAAAGCAGAAAAUCACUGUUGAAACUACGGAACAACAAACUUCUGCACCAAAGAGGAUCGAAAAAUCACCUGAAAAAUCGAAAAAGAAUACUUUCUCCAAACUGAGAUCAUUUGUUAGUGGAUCAUCUAAAAAACAAGCAGAAGAUGAAAGUAAUGCACUCCUUCGAAAACAAACUUCUGAGUUCCUUGAUGACAUGAGAAAACAUCACGAUAAACACAAAGAAGUCUCGGAUAAAUUCAAAGUGGUAUGGCUAAGUCAACAAAAUCUCAAACCAACGAUUUCUCAAAAAUCUAAAUCUGAUAUGAUAAAGCCAAUUGUUCUAACUGAACAACAGAAAGAACAGUUGAGAUUGAUCAGGCAAAAUACAGACAUUUUCCUCAAGGACCAUCAAGAUUACCAUAAUAAACAAAGAAAUGAAGAUAAUGUCUUCUUUGAAAACAUGGGAAAACCUGAAAACAUGAUUUGGCUCUCAUCCAGACCUGCCAAGAAGAAGGAAAACAUAAUUACCAAAGUGAAAAAUUUAAUGUCACCACAACAGCCGAAGAAAACAAUACCUCCAUCUGAAACAAUUAAUAACAAAAUGAUUAGGGAACAAUCCGAUGAAUUUUUGAAAAAACAUCAAUAUCUCAUUCAUAGAGAGGAGGUUGACUUCACUAAAAAAAUUGUCCCCUUUGAUGUCGAAAAGCAGAAAAUCACUGUUGAAACUACGGAACAACAAACUUCUGCACCAAAGAGGAUCGAAAAAUCACCUGAAAAAGAAGAAAAAUCGAAAAAGAAUACUUUCUCCAAACUGAGAUCAUUUGUUAGUGGAUCAUCUAAAAAACAAGCAGAAGAUGAAAGUAAUGCACUCCUUCGAAAACAAACUUCUGAGUUCCUUGAUGACAUGAGAAAACAUCACGAUAAACACAAAGAAGUCUCGGAUAAAUUCAAAGUGGUAUGGCUAAGUCAACAAAAUCUCAAACCAACGAUUUCUCAAAAAUCUAAAUCUGAUAUGAUAAAGCCAAUUGUUCUAACUGAACAACAGAAAGAACAGUUGAGAUUGAUCAGGAAAAAUACAGACAUUUUCCUUAAGGACCAUCAAGAUUACCAUAAUAAACAAAGAAAUGAAGAUAAUGUCUUCUUUGAAAACAUGGGAAAACCUGAAAACAUGAUUUGGCUCUCAUCCAGACCUGCCAAGAAGAAGGAAAACAUAAUUACCAAAGUGAAAAAUUUAAUGUCACCACAACAGCCGAAGAAAACAAUACCUCCAUCUGAAACAAUUAAUAACAAAAUGAUUAGGGAACAAUCCGAUGAAUUUUUGAAAAAACAUCAAUAUCUCAUUCAUAGAGAGGAGGUUGACUUCACUAAAAAAAUUGUCCCCUUUGAUGUCGAAAAGCAGAAAAUCACUGUUGAAACUACGGAACAACAAACUUCUGCACCAAAGAGGAUCGAAAAAUCACCUGAAAAAGAAGAAAAAUCGAAAAAGAAUACUUUCUCCAAACUAAGAUCAUUUGUUAGUGGAUCAUCUAAAAAACAAGCCGAAGAUGAAAGUAAUGCACUCCUUCGAAAACAAACUUCUGAGUUCCUUGAUGACAUGAGAAAACAUCACGAUAAACACAAAGAAGUUUCGGAUAAAUUCAAAGUGGUAUGGCUAAGUCAACAAAAUCUCAAACCAACGAUUUCCCAAAAAUCCAAAUCUGAUGUGGUGAAACCAAUUGUUCUAACUGAACAACAGAAAGAAGAGAUGAGAUUGCUCAGGCAAAAUACGGACAUUUUCCUUAAGGACCAUCAAGAUUACCAUAAUAAACAAAGAAAUGAAGAUAAUGUCUUCUUUGAAAACAUGGGAAAACCUGAAAACAUGAUUUGGCUCUCAUCCAGACCUGCCAAGAAGAAGGAAAACAUAAUUACCAAAGUGAAAAAUUUAAUGUCACCACAACAGCCGAAGAAAACAAUACCUCCAUCUGAAACAAUUAAUAACAAAAUGAUUAGGGAACAAUCCGAUGAAUUUUUGAAAAAACAUCAAUAUCUCAUUCAUAGAGAGGAGGUUGACUUCACUAAAAAAAUUGUCCCCUUUGAUGUCGAAAAGCAGAAAAUCACUGUUGAAACUACGGAACAACAAACUUCUGCACCAAAGAGGAUCGAAAAAUCACCUGAAAAAGAAGAAAAAUCGAAAAAGAAUACUUUCUCCAAACUAAGAUCAUUUGUUAGUGGAUCAUCUAAAAAACAAGCCGAAGAUGAAAGUAAUGCACUCCUUCGAAAACAAACUUCUGAGUUCCUUGAUGACAUGAGAAAACAUCACGAUAAACACAAAGAAGUCUCGGAUAAAUUCAAAGUGGUAUGGCUAAGUCAACAAAAUCUCAAACCAACGAUUUCCCAAAAAUCUAAAUCUGAUAUGGUAAAACCAAUUGUUCUAACUGAACAACAGAAAGAAGAGAUGAGAUUGCUCAGGAAAAAUACGGACAUUUUCCUUAAGGACCAUCAAGAUUACCAUAAUAAACAAAGAAAUGAAGAUAAUGUCUUCUUUGAAAUCAUGGGAAAACCUGAACACAUGAUUUGGCUCUCAUCCAGACCUGCCAAGAAGAAGGAAAACAUAAUUACCAAAGUGAAGAAUUUAAUGUCACCACAACAGCCGAAGAAAACAAUACCUCCAUCUGAAACAAUUAAUAACAAAAUGAUCAGGGAACAAUCCGAUGAAUUUUUGAAGAAACAUCAAUAUCUCAUUCAUAAAGAGGAGGUUGACUUCACUAAAACAAUUGUCCCAUUCGAUGUCGAAAAGCAGAAAAUCACUGUUGAAACUACGGAACAACAAACUUCUGCACCAAAGAGGAUCGAAAAAUCACCUGAAAAAGAAGAAAAAUCGAGAAAGAAUACUUUCUCCAAACUAAGAUCAUUUGUUAGUGGAUCAUCUAAAAAACAAGCCGAAGAUGAAAGUAAUGCACUCCUUCGAAAACGAACUUCUGAGUUCCUUGAUGACAUGAGAAAACAUCACGAUAAACACAAAGAAGUUUCGGAUAAAUUCAAAGUGGUAUGGCUAAGUCAACAAAAUCUCAAACCAACGAUUUCCCAAAAAUCCAAAUCUGAUGUGGUGAAACCAAUUGUUCUAACUGAACAACAGAAAGAAGAGAUGAGAUUGCUCAGGCAAAAUACGGACAUUUUCCUUAAGGACCAUCAAGAUUACCAUAAUAAACAAAGAAAUGAAGAUAAUGUCUUCUUUGAAAACAUGGGAAAACCUGAAAACAUGAUUUGGCUCUCAUCCAGACCUGCCAAGAAGAAGGAAAACAUAAUUACCAAAGUGAAAAAUUUAAUGUCACCACAACAGCCGAAGAAAACAAUACCUCCAUCUGAAACAAUUAAUAACAAAAUGAUUAGGGAACAAUCCGAUGAAUUUUUGAAAAAACAUCAAUAUCUCAUUCAUAGAGAGGAGGUUGACUUCACUAAAAAAAUUGUCCCCUUUGAUGUCGAAAAGCAGAAAAUCACUGUUGAAACUACGGAACAACAAACUUCUGCACCAAAGAGGAUCGAAAAAUCACCUGAAAAAGAAGAAAAAUCGAAAAAGAAUACUUUCUCCAAACUAAGAUCAUUUGUUAGUGGAUCAUCUAAAAAACAAGCCGAAGAUGAAAGUAAUGCACUCCUUCGAAAACAAACUUCUGAGUUCCUUGAUGACAUGAGAAAACAUCACGAUAAACACAAAGAAGUCUCGGAUAAAUUCAAAGUGGUAUGGCUAAGUCAACAAAAUCUCAAACCAACGAUUUCCCAAAAAUCUAAAUCUGAUAUGGUAAAACCAAUUGUUCUAACUGAACAACAGAAAGAAGAGAUGAGAUUGCUCAGGAAAAAUACGGACAUUUUCCUUAAGGACCAUCAAGAUUACCAUAAUAAACAAAGAAAUGAAGAUAAUGUCUUCUUUGAAAUCAUGGGAAAACCUGAACACAUGAUUUGGCUCUCAUCCAGACCUGCCAAGAAGAAGGAAAACAUAAUUACCAAAGUGAAGAAUUUAAUGUCACCACAACAGCCGAAGAAAACAAUACCUUCAUCUGAAACAAUUAAUAACAAAAUGAUUAGGGAACAAUCCGAUGAAUUUUUGAAGAAACAUCAAUAUCUCAUUCAUAAAGAGGAGGUUGACUUCACUAAAACAAUUGUCCCAUUCGAUGUCGAAAAGCAGAAAAUCACUGUUGAAACUACGGAACAACAAACUUCUGCACCAAAGAGGAUCGAAAAAUCACCUGAAAAAGAAGAAAAAUCGAAAAAGAAUACUUUCUCCAAACUAAGAUCAUUUGUUAGUGGAUCAUCUAAAAAACAAGCCGAAGAUGAAAGUAAUGCACUCCUUCGAAAACAAACUUCUGAGUUCCUUCAUGACAUGAGAAAACAUCACGAUAAACACAAAGAAGUUUCGGAUAAAUUCAAAGUGGUAUGGCUAAGUCAACAAAAUCUCAAACCAACGAUUUCCCAAAAAUCCAAAUCUGAUGUGGUGAAACCAAUUGUUCUAACUGAACAACAGAAAGAAGAAAUGAGGUUGCUCAGGCAAAAUACGGACAUUUUCCUUAAGGACCAUCAAGAUUACCAUAAUAAACAAAGAAAUGAAGAUAAUGUCUUCUUUGAAAUCAUGGGAAAACCUGAACACAUGAUUUGGCUCUCAUCCAGACCUGCCAAGAAGAAGGAAAACAUAAUUACCAAAGUGAAGAAUUUAAUGUCACCACAACAGCCGAAGAAAACAAUACCUCCAUCUGAAACAAUUAAUAACAAAAUGAUUAGGGAACAAUCCGAUGAAUUUUUGAAGAAACAUCAAUAUCUCAUUCAUAAAGAGGAGGUUGACUUCACUAAAACAAUUGUCCCAUUCGAUGUCGAAAAGCAGAAAAUCACUGUUGAAACUACGGAACAACAAACUUCUGCACCAAAGAGGAUCGAAAAAUCACCUGAAAAAGAAGAAAAAUCGAAAAAGAAUACUUUCUCCAAACUAAGAUCAUUUGUUAGUGGAUCAUCUAAAAAACAAGCCGAAGAUGAAAGUAAUGCACUCCUUCGAAAACAAACUUCUGAGUUCCUUGAUGACAUGAGAAAACAUCACGAUAAACACAAAGAAGUUUCGGAUAAAUUCAAAGUGGUAUGGCUAAGUCAACAAAAUCUCAAACCAACGAUUUCCCAAAAAUCCAAAUAUGAUGUGGUGAAACCAAUUGUUCUAACUGAACAACAGAAAGAAGAAAUGAGGUUGCUCAGGCAAAAUACGGACAUUUUCCUUAAGGACCAUCAAGAUUACCAUAAUAAACAAAGAAAUGAAGAUAAUGUCUUCUUUGAAAUCAUGGGAAAACCUGAACACAUGAUUUGGCUCUCAUCCAGACCUGCCAAGAAGAAGGAAAACAUAAUUACCAAAGUGAAGAAUUUAAUGUCACCACAACAGCCGAAGAAAACAAUACCUCCAUCUGAAACAAUUAAUAACAAAAUGAUUAGGGAACAAUCCGAUGAAUUUUUGAAGAAACAUCAAUAUCUCAUUCAUAAAGAGGAGGUUGACUUCACUAAAACAAUUGUCCCAUUCGAUGUCGAAAAGCAGAAAAUCACUGUUGAAACUACGGAACAACAAACUUCUGCACCAAAGAGGAUCGAAAAAUCACCUGAAAAAGAAGAAAAAUCGAAAAAGAAUACUUUCUCCAAACUAAGAUCAUUUGUUAGUGGAUCAUCUAAAAAACAAGCCGAAGAUGAAAGUAAUGCACUCCUUCGAAAACAAACUUCUGAGUUCCUUGAUGACAUGAGAAAACAUCACGAUAAACACAAAGAAGUCUCGGAUAAAUUCAAAGUGGUAUGGCUAAGUCAACAAAAUCUCAAACCAACGAUUUCUCAAAAAUCUAAAUCUGAUAUGAUAAAACCAAUUGUUCUAACUGAACAACAGAAAGAACAGUUGAGAUUGAUCAGGCAAAAUACAGACAUUUUCCUCAAGGACCAUCAAGAUUACCAUAAUAAACAAAGAAAUGAAGAUAAUGUCUUCUUUGAAAACAUGGGAAAACCUGAAAACAUGAUUUGGCUCUCAUCCAGACCUGCCAAGAAGAAGGAAAACAUAAUUACCAAAGUGAAAAAUUUAAUGUCACCACAACAGCCGAAGAAAACAAUACCUCCAUCUGAAACAAUUAAUAACAAAAUGAUUAGGGAACAAUCCGAUGAAUUUUUGAAAAAACAUCAAUAUCUCAUUCAUAGAGAGGAGGUUGACUUCACUAAAAAAAUUGUCCCCUUUGAUGUCGAAAAGCAGAAAAUCACUGUUGAAACUACGGAACAACAAACUUCUGCACCAAAGAGGAUCGAAAAAUCACCUGAAAAAGAAGAAAAAUCGAAAAAGAAUACUUUCUCCAAACUGAGAUCAUUUGUUAGUGGAUCAUCUAAAAAACAAGCAGAAGAUGAAAGUAAUGCACUCCUUCGAAAACAAACUUCUGAGUUCCUUGAUGACAUGAGAAAACAUCACGAUAAACACAAAGAAGUCUCGGAUAAAUUCAAAGUGGUAUGGCUAAGUCAACAAAAUCUCAAACCAACGAUUUCUCAAAAAUCUAAAUCUGAUGUGAUAAAGCCAAUUGUUCUAACUGAACAACAGAAAGAACAGUUGAGAUUGAUCAGGAAAAAUACAGACAUUUUCCUUAAGGACCAUCAAGAUUACCAUAAUAAACAAAGAAAUGAAGAUAAUGUCUUCUUUGAAAACAUGGGAAAACCUGAAAACAUGAUUUGGCUCUCAUCCAGACCUGCCAAGAAGAAGGAAAACAUAAUUACCAAAGUGAAAAAUUUAAUGUCACCACAACAGCCGAAGAAAACAAUACCUCCAUCUGAAACAAUUAAUAACAAAAUGAUUAGGGAACAAUCCGAUGAAUUUUUGAAAAAACAUCAAUAUCUCAUUCAUAGAGAGGAGGUUGACUUCACUAAAAAAAUUGUCCCCUUUGAUGUCGAAAAGCAGAAAAUCACUGUUGAAACUACGGAACAACAAACUUCUGCACCAAAGAGGAUCGAAAAAUCACCUGAAAAAUCGAAAAAGAAUACUUUCUCCAAACUGAGAUCAUUUGUUAGUGGAUCAUCUAAAAAACAAGCAGAAGAUGAAAGUAAUGCACUCCUUCGAAAACAAACUUCUGAGUUCCUUGAUGACAUGAGAAAACAUCACGAUAAACACAAAGAAGUCUCGGAUAAAUUCAAAGUGGUAUGGCUAAGUCAACAAAAUCUCAAACCAACGAUUUCUCAAAAAUCUAAAUCUGAUAUGAUAAAGCCAAUUGUUCUAACUGAACAACAGAAAGAACAGUUGAGAUUGAUCAGGCAAAAUACAGACAUUUUCCUCAAGGACCAUCAAGAUUACCAUAAUAAACAAAGAAAUGAAGAUAAUGUCUUCUUUGAAAACAUGGGAAAACCUGAAAACAUGAUUUGGCUCUCAUCCAGACCUGCCAAGAAGAAGGAAAACAUAAUUACCAAAGUGAAAAAUUUAAUGUCACCACAACAGCCGAAGAAAACAAUACCUCCAUCUGAAACAAUUAAUAACAAAAUGAUUAGGGAACAAUCCGAUGAAUUUUUGAAAAAACAUCAAUAUCUCAUUCAUAGAGAGGAGGUUGACUUCACUAAAAAAAUUGUCCCCUUUGAUGUCGAAAAGCAGAAAAUCACUGUUGAAACUACGGAACAACAAACUUCUGCACCAAAGAGGAUCGAAAAAUCACCUGAAAAAGAAGAAAAAUCGAAAAAGAAUACUUUCUCCAAACUGAGAUCAUUUGUUAGUGGAUCAUCUAAAAAACAAGCAGAAGAUGAAAGUAAUGCACUCCUUCGAAAACAAACUUCUGAGUUCCUUGAUGACAUGAGAAAACAUCACGAUAAACACAAAGAAGUCUCGGAUAAAUUCAAAGUGGUAUGGCUAAGUCAACAAAAUCUCAAACCAACGAUUUCUCAAAAAUCUAAAUCUGAUAUGAUAAAGCCAAUUGUUCUAACUGAACAACAGAAAGAACAGUUGAGAUUGAUCAGGAAAAAUACAGACAUUUUCCUUAAGGACCAUCAAGAUUACCAUAAUAAACAAAGAAAUGAAGAUAAUGUCUUCUUUGAAAACAUGGGAAAACCUGAAAACAUGAUUUGGCUCUCAUCCAGACCUGCCAAGAAGAAGGAAAACAUAAUUACCAAAGUGAAAAAUUUAAUGUCACCACAACAGCCGAAGAAAACAAUACCUCCAUCUGAAACAAUUAAUAACAAAAUGAUUAGGGAACAAUCCGAUGAAUUUUUGAAAAAACAUCAAUAUCUCAUUCAUAGAGAGGAGGUUGACUUCACUAAAAAAAUUGUCCCCUUUGAUGUCGAAAAGCAGAAAAUCACUGUUGAAACUACGGAACAACAAACUUCUGCACCAAAGAGGAUCGAAAAAUCACCUGAAAAAGAAGAAAAAUCGAAAAAGAAUACUUUCUCCAAACUAAGAUCAUUUGUUAGUGGAUCAUCUAAAAAACAAGCCGAAGAUGAAAGUAAUGCACUCCUUCGAAAACAAACUUCUGAGUUCCUUGAUGACAUGAGAAAACAUCACGAUAAACACAAAGAAGUUUCGGAUAAAUUCAAAGUGGUAUGGCUAAGUCAACAAAAUCUCAAACCAACGAUUUCCCAAAAAUCCAAAUCUGAUGUGGUGAAACCAAUUGUUCUAACUGAACAACAGAAAGAAGAGAUGAGAUUGCUCAGGCAAAAUACGGACAUUUUCCUUAAGGACCAUCAAGAUUACCAUAAUAAACAAAGAAAUGAAGAUAAUGUCUUCUUUGAAAACAUGGGAAAACCUGAAAACAUGAUUUGGCUCUCAUCCAGACCUGCCAAGAAGAAGGAAAACAUAAUUACCAAAGUGAAAAAUUUAAUGUCACCACAACAGCCGAAGAAAACAAUACCUCCAUCUGAAACAAUUAAUAACAAAAUGAUUAGGGAACAAUCCGAUGAAUUUUUGAAAAAACAUCAAUAUCUCAUUCAUAGAGAGGAGGUUGACUUCACUAAAAAAAUUGUCCCCUUUGAUGUCGAAAAGCAGAAAAUCACUGUUGAAACUACGGAACAACAAACUUCUGCACCAAAGAGGAUCGAAAAAUCACCUGAAAAAGAAGAAAAAUCGAAAAAGAAUACUUUCUCCAAACUAAGAUCAUUUGUUAGUGGAUCAUCUAAAAAACAAGCCGAAGAUGAAAGUAAUGCACUCCUUCGAAAACAAACUUCUGAGUUCCUUGAUGACAUGAGAAAACAUCACGAUAAACACAAAGAAGUCUCGGAUAAAUUCAAAGUGGUAUGGCUAAGUCAACAAAAUCUCAAACCAACGAUUUCCCAAAAAUCUAAAUCUGAUAUGGUAAAACCAAUUGUUCUAACUGAACAACAGAAAGAAGAGAUGAGAUUGCUCAGGAAAAAUACGGACAUUUUCCUUAAGGACCAUCAAGAUUACCAUAAUAAACAAAGAAAUGAAGAUAAUGUCUUCUUUGAAAUCAUGGGAAAACCUGAACACAUGAUUUGGCUCUCAUCCAGACCUGCCAAGAAGAAGGAAAACAUAAUUACCAAAGUGAAGAAUUUAAUGUCACCACAACAGCCGAAGAAAACAAUACCUCCAUCUGAAACAAUUAAUAACAAAAUGAUCAGGGAACAAUCCGAUGAAUUUUUGAAGAAACAUCAAUAUCUCAUUCAUAAAGAGGAGGUUGACUUCACUAAAACAAUUGUCCCAUUCGAUGUCGAAAAGCAGAAAAUCACUGUUGAAACUACGGAACAACAAACUUCUGCACCAAAGAGGAUCGAAAAAUCACCUGAAAAAGAAGAAAAAUCGAGAAAGAAUACUUUCUCCAAACUAAGAUCAUUUGUUAGUGGAUCAUCUAAAAAACAAGCCGAAGAUGAAAGUAAUGCACUCCUUCGAAAACGAACUUCUGAGUUCCUUGAUGACAUGAGAAAACAUCACGAUAAACACAAAGAAGUUUCGGAUAAAUUCAAAGUGGUAUGGCUAAGUCAACAAAAUCUCAAACCAACGAUUUCCCAAAAAUCCAAAUCUGAUGUGGUGAAACCAAUUGUUCUAACUGAACAACAGAAAGAAGAGAUGAGAUUGCUCAGGCAAAAUACGGACAUUUUCCUUAAGGACCAUCAAGAUUACCAUAAUAAACAAAGAAAUGAAGAUAAUGUCUUCUUUGAAAACAUGGGAAAACCUGAAAACAUGAUUUGGCUCUCAUCCAGACCUGCCAAGAAGAAGGAAAACAUAAUUACCAAAGUGAAAAAUUUAAUGUCACCACAACAGCCGAAGAAAACAAUACCUCCAUCUGAAACAAUUAAUAACAAAAUGAUUAGGGAACAAUCCGAUGAAUUUUUGAAAAAACAUCAAUAUCUCAUUCAUAGAGAGGAGGUUGACUUCACUAAAAAAAUUGUCCCCUUUGAUGUCGAAAAGCAGAAAAUCACUGUUGAAACUACGGAACAACAAACUUCUGCACCAAAGAGGAUCGAAAAAUCACCUGAAAAAGAAGAAAAAUCGAAAAAGAAUACUUUCUCCAAACUAAGAUCAUUUGUUAGUGGAUCAUCUAAAAAACAAGCCGAAGAUGAAAGUAAUGCACUCCUUCGAAAACAAACUUCUGAGUUCCUUGAUGACAUGAGAAAACAUCACGAUAAACACAAAGAAGUCUCGGAUAAAUUCAAAGUGGUAUGGCUAAGUCAACAAAAUCUCAAACCAACGAUUUCCCAAAAAUCUAAAUCUGAUAUGGUAAAACCAAUUGUUCUAACUGAACAACAGAAAGAAGAGAUGAGAUUGCUCAGGAAAAAUACGGACAUUUUCCUUAAGGACCAUCAAGAUUACCAUAAUAAACAAAGAAAUGAAGAUAAUGUCUUCUUUGAAAUCAUGGGAAAACCUGAACACAUGAUUUGGCUCUCAUCCAGACCUGCCAAGAAGAAGGAAAACAUAAUUACCAAAGUGAAAAAUUUAAUGUCACCACAACAGCCGAAGAAAACAAUACCUCCAUCUGAAACAAUUAAUAACAAAAUGAUUAGGGAACAAUCCGAUGAAUUUUUGAAAAAACAUCAAUAUCUCAUUCAUAGAGAGGAGGUUGACUUCACUAAAAAAAUUGUCCCCUUUGAUGUCGAAAAGCAGAAAAUCACUGUUGAAACUACGGAACAACAAACUUCUGCACCAAAGAGGAUCGAAAAAUCACCUGAAAAAGAAGAAAAAUCGAAAAAGAAUACUUUCUCCAAACUAAGAUCAUUUGUUAGUGGAUCAUCUAAAAAACAAGCCGAAGAUGAAAGUAAUGCACUCCUUCGAAAACAAACUUCUGAGUUCCUUGAUGACAUGAGAAAACAUCACGAUAAACACAAAGAAGUCUCGGAUAAAUUCAAAGUGGUAUGGCUAAGUCAACAAAAUCUCAAACCAACGAUUUCCCAAAAAUCUAAAUCUGAUAUGGUAAAACCAAUUGUUCUAACUGAACAACAGAAAGAAGAGAUGAGAUUGCUCAGGAAAAAUACGGACAUUUUCCUUAAGGACCAUCAAGAUUACCAUAAUAAACAAAGAAAUGAAGAUAAUGUCUUCUUUGAAAUCAUGGGAAAACCUGAACACAUGAUUUGGCUCUCAUCCAGACCUGCCAAGAAGAAGGAAAACAUAAUUACCAAAGUGAAGAAUUUAAUGUCACCACAACAGCCGAAGAAAACAAUACCUCCAUCUGAAACAAUUAAUAACAAAAUGAUCAGGGAACAAUCCGAUGAAUUUUUGAAGAAACAUCAAUAUCUCAUUCAUAAAGAGGAGGUUGACUUCACUAAAACAAUUGUCCCAUUCGAUGUCGAAAAGCAGAAAAUCACUGUUGAAACUACGGAACAACAAACUUCUGCACCAAAGAGGAUCGAAAAAUCACCUGAAAAAGAAGAAAAAUCGAGAAAGAAUACUUUCUCCAAACUAAGAUCAUUUGUUAGUGGAUCAUCUAAAAAACAAGCCGAAGAUGAAAGUAAUGCACUCCUUCGAAAACGAACUUCUGAGUUCCUUGAUGACAUGAGAAAACAUCACGAUAAACACAAAGAAGUUUCGGAUAAAUUCAAAGUGGUAUGGCUAAGUCAACAAAAUCUCAAACCAACGAUUUCCCAAAAAUCCAAAUCUGAUGUGGUGAAACCAAUUGUUCUAACUGAACAACAGAAAGAAGAGAUGAGAUUGCUCAGGCAAAAUACGGACAUUUUCCUUAAGGACCAUCAAGAUUACCAUAAUAAACAAAGAAAUGAAGAUAAUGUCUUCUUUGAAAACAUGGGAAAACCUGAAAACAUGAUUUGGCUCUCAUCCAGACCUGCCAAGAAGAAGGAAAACAUAAUUACCAAAGUGAAAAAUUUAAUGUCACCACAACAGCCGAAGAAAACAAUACCUCCAUCUGAAACAAUUAAUAACAAAAUGAUUAGGGAACAAUCCGAUGAAUUUUUGAAAAAACAUCAAUAUCUCAUUCAUAGAGAGGAGGUUGACUUCACUAAAAAAAUUGUCCCCUUUGAUGUCGAAAAGCAGAAAAUCACUGUUGAAACUACGGAACAACAAACUUCUGCACCAAAGAGGAUCGAAAAAUCACCUGAAAAAGAAGAAAAAUCGAAAAAGAAUACUUUCUCCAAACUAAGAUCAUUUGUUAGUGGAUCAUCUAAAAAACAAGCCGAAGAUGAAAGUAAUGCACUCCUUCGAAAACAAACUUCUGAGUUCCUUGAUGACAUGAGAAAACAUCACGAUAAACACAAAGAAGUCUCGGAUAAAUUCAAAGUGGUAUGGCUAAGUCAACAAAAUCUCAAACCAACGAUUUCCCAAAAAUCUAAAUCUGAUAUGGUAAAACCAAUUGUUCUAACUGAACAACAGAAAGAAGAGAUGAGAUUGCUCAGGAAAAAUACGGACAUUUUCCUUAAGGACCAUCAAGAUUACCAUAAUAAACAAAGAAAUGAAGAUAAUGUCUUCUUUGAAAUCAUGGGAAAACCUGAACACAUGAUUUGGCUCUCAUCCAGACCUGCCAAGAAGAAGGAAAACAUAAUUACCAAAGUGAAGAAUUUAAUGUCACCACAACAGCCGAAGAAAACAAUACCUUCAUCUGAAACAAUUAAUAACAAAAUGAUUAGGGAACAAUCCGAUGAAUUUUUGAAGAAACAUCAAUAUCUCAUUCAUAAAGAGGAGGUUGACUUCACUAAAACAAUUGUCCCAUUCGAUGUCGAAAAGCAGAAAAUCACUGUUGAAACUACGGAACAACAAACUUCUGCACCAAAGAGGAUCGAAAAAUCACCUGAAAAAGAAGAAAAAUCGAAAAAGAAUACUUUCUCCAAACUAAGAUCAUUUGUUAGUGGAUCAUCUAAAAAACAAGCCGAAGAUGAAAGUAAUGCACUCCUUCGAAAACAAACUUCUGAGUUCCUUCAUGACAUGAGAAAACAUCACGAUAAACACAAAGAAGUUUCGGAUAAAUUCAUAGUGGUAUGGCUAAGUCAACAAAAUCUCAAACCAACGAUUUCCCAAAAAUCCAAAUCUGAUGUGGUGAAACCAAUUGUUCUAACUGAACAACAGAAAGAAGAAAUGAGGUUGCUCAGGCAAAAUACGGACAUUUUCCUUAAGGACCAUCAAGAUUACCAUAAUAAACAAAGAAAUGAAGAUAAUGUCUUCUUUGAAAUCAUGGGAAAACCUGAACACAUGAUUUGGCUCUCAUCCAGACCUGCCAAGAAGAAGGAAAACAUAAUUACCAAAGUGAAGAAUUUAAUGUCACCACAACAGCCGAAGAAAACAAUACCUCCAUCUGAAACAAUUAAUAACAAAAUGAUUAGGGAACAAUCCGAUGAAUUUUUGAAGAAACAUCAAUAUCUCAUUCAUAAAGAGGAGGUUGACUUCACUAAAACAAUUGUCCCAUUCGAUGUCGAAAAGCAGAAAAUCACUGUUGAAACUACGGAACAACAAACUUCUGCACCAAAGAGGAUCGAAAAAUCACCUGAAAAAGAAGAAAAAUCGAAAAAGAAUACUUUCUCCAAACUAAGAUCAUUUGUUAGUGGAUCAUCUAAAAAACAAGCCGAAGAUGAAAGUAAUGCACUCCUUCGAAAACAAACUUCUGAGUUCCUUGAUGACAUGAGAAAACAUCACGAUAAACACAAAGAAGUUUCGGAUAAAUUCAAAGUGGUAUGGCUAAGUCAACAAAAUCUCAAACCAACGAUUUCCCAAAAAUCCAAAUAUGAUGUGGUGAAACCAAUUGUUCUAACUGAACAACAGAAAGAAGAAAUGAGGUUGCUCAGGCAAAAUACGGACAUUUUCCUUAAGGACCAUCAAGAUUACCAUAAUAAACAAAGAAAUGAAGAUAAUGUCUUCUUUGAAAUCAUGGGAAAACCUGAACACAUGAUUUGGCUCUCAUCCAGACCUGCCAAGAAGAAGGAAAACAUAAUUACCAAAGUGAAGAAUUUAAUGUCACCACAACAGCCGAAGAAAACAAUACCUCCAUCUGAAACAAUUAAUAACAAAAUGAUUAGGGAACAAUCCGAUGAAUUUUUGAAGAAACAUCAAUAUCUCAUUCAUAAAGAGGAGGUUGACUUCACUAAAACAAUUGUCCCAUUCGAUGUCGAAAAGCAGAAAAUCACUGUUGAAACUACGGAACAACAAACUUCUGCACCAAAGAGGAUCGAAAAAUCACCUGAAAAAGAAGAAAAAUCGAGAAAGAAUACUUUCUCCAAACUAAGAUCAUUUGUUAGUGGAUCAUCUAAAAAACAAGCCGAAGAUGAAAGUAAUGCACUCCUUCGAAAACGAACUUCUGAGUUCCUUGAUGACAUGAGAAAACAUCACGAUAAACACAAAGAAGUUUCGGAUAAAUUCAAAGUGGUAUGGCUAAGUCAACAAAAUCUCAAACCAACGAUUUCCCAAAAAUCCAAAUCUGAUGUGGUGAAACCAAUUGUUCUAACUGAACAACAGAAAGAAGAGAUGAGAUUGCUCAGGCAAAAUACGGACAUUUUCCUUAAGGACCAUCAAGAUUAUCAUAAUAAACAAAGAAAUGAAGAUAAUGUCUUCUUUGAAAUCAUGGCAAAACCUGAACACAUGAUUUGGCUCUCAUCCAGACCUGCCAAGAAGAAGGAAAACAUAAUUACCAAAGUGAAGAAUUUAAUGUCACCACAACAGCCCAAGAAAACAAUACCUCCAUCUGAAACAAUUAAUAACAAAAUGAUUAGGGAACAAUCCGAUGAAUUUUUGAAGAAACAUCAAUAUCUUAUUCAUAAAGAGGAGGUUGACUUCACUAAAACAAUUGUCCCAUUCGAUGUCGAAAAGCAGAAAAUCACUGUUGAAACUACGGAACAACAAACUUCUGCACCAAAGAGGAUCGAAAAAUCACCUGAAAAAGAAGAAAAAUCGAAAAAGAAUACUUUCUCCAAACUAAGAUCAUUUGUUAGUGGAUCAUCUAAAAAACAAGCCGAAGAUGAAAGUAAUGCAUUCCUUCGAAAACAAACUUCUGAAUUCCUUGAUGACAUUAGAAAACAUCACGAUUUUAGUGAAGAAUCCAUGGAUGUAGUGUGGCUCAGUGAUCAAAACAUCAAAUCAACCAAAUCUCUCUCAUCAAAGUCUAAGCCAACAAAACCAAUUAGUCAAAACACUGAUAUUCUAUUCAGAGAUCAUCAAGAAGGUCCCAACAAACAAAUAAAUAAAAAUACAACUCCUUCAAUGGCAGAAAGUCCAUGUGAUGAAGAGGCAGAUUCAUUCAAAAAUUUGAAAUCUGCAGAUAAUGAACAUCCUUCACAACCACGCAAAAACAUCAUAUCCAAAAUCAAAGAUGUCAUUUCACCUAAUAAAUCUGAUCAAACUGCAAUAUUCUACUACGAUAUCGAUUGUGAAACGAAAGAAGCCGGCCAUCUAAAGGAAAAACCUAUUCAGAGCUCGAAUUCAGAAGAGCUCUUUCAUAUAGAGCCUCCUGAAUACCAGGAAGGUAAUCCAUUAUCAGCAGAUUUAAAUCCAGCUCCCCGGCUGAAAAAGAAGGUGACAUUUUCGUAUACUGAUCACCCAGAAACACUGAGUAUCGUGGAACACCAAAAAGAUCCCAGCGAUACUUGCCACCAUAUCGAAACACCCUCUGUUCCUGAGGUACCAAUUGAAGCCGGUAAACCACGAGCUGCCCCUCGUAAACAAGUUGCGAAAAAAGUUAAAGCCAUAUACAUUGAUUCCGCUGAAAUAUUCAAGCAGAACAAAGAACGUUUCCUCAUCGAAGAAACUGAAAAAUUUAUCGAAGAUCACAAAAUCCAUCAAAAACAACAAUGGAGUAAAAUCCAAAAUUUCGCCAACGAUAAGGAAACGCAAGGUGCUCUUAGCGAGCCAAAAACAAUUCAGAGAACAAAAGAAAAUGUCACCAAGUCACCGGUAAUAUCCCAACAAACCCCCUCUGCUAGGAAAGCAUUCAUUGAAGAGCGAAGAAAUUUGAUGUUAUUCCUAGACGAUCAUCAAGCUUACCACAACAAGGAGAGGAGUAACCACAUCAAUUACAUUUCCAAACAGAAUAAGCCAUACACGAAUGAUCUGAAAUCUUCGACGAAAGAGGCUAAAAUGAAAACGAAGCUCAUGUCAAAACUGAAAUCUCUAGUUGGGCAAUCACAGGAAAUUAUUGCAUCUGAUAGAAAACAUGAAAUCGAAAAUGCAAAUCUCAGAAAACAAACCUCGGAAUUUCUGAUAAGUCAAAAAUGUUACAACGACUUGGAAGGGGUCGCCUGUAAAAAAUUCGACAUGAAACAAUUGGAAAAAGAAGAGCUAUCAAGAAAUCACCUCAAAGGCGAAGAUUCUGUUGAAGCGUCUUCGGACCAGGUUGCAUCUCAUUCAUAUUCAACACUAAAAAAGGACUCCACUUUCUGCUAUCCAGGAAAGUUGUCUGUAGAUGGAUGUCCCGAAUCAUCAACGAAGAGUCAGAAACCUCUGAGAUCUUCUCCUGCUAAGAAGAUAUCUAAGACGGAAAAUAUUACAUUGAAGGAGACUGAUUCUCACAUUAAUCAUAAACAAGGAGGCAGCAAUGAAGAUUCAUCUACUAAUCAUUUGAUCACGAUAGAACAAACUAAGAACUUCUUGAAUAUCCAAAGGAAUCACAUAAAUUCAGAAAAUGAAAUAUGGAAACAUUACCUCAAAUUCAAACCUGUUCCGGACCCCGGUAAAAGUCAUAUAGUUCAAAAAAAAAUUGGGAAAUCUCACAGUAAAGUUCAACACAGAAUGCAGAAACCAGAAUCUUCUGCAAGAAAAUUAUCUUCUCAACUUGAAAAUGAAAAAAUAGAUCAUGAAGUCAUCUUGCAUAAAACUCAACUGUUUUUGGAAGACCAAAAAAGUUUCCAUGACAAUUUGCAGAAGGAAUCAUCCAAAUACAUCACGAAAAAUGCGACACAAAAUAUUAUUGAAGAAAAAUUCCAAAGGGAAGAAGGUAGUGCUUCAUCGAAAAUUGAGCCUUCACCGGUGUUAAGAUCAACAAGUUAUCACUCAAGCAAUGUACGAAAACCAGAAAUAUCUGUCGAAAAGCAUGAGGAAAAUGUGAAAAUUCCAAAAAGCAACAAUUCGAAUGAUGAGUACCUGAAAAUGCCAUCAACAAUGAAAGAAGGAGAGAUCAAAGAAAUAACAAAGAACUUCUUGAAAGAUCAUCAAGAUUACCACAACUCAGAAAGAGUGCAGUCAGAUAAUACAUGUAAAGAAAUUCAGAAACAAAAAAAAUCUAAAAGAGGAGUAAUUUCGAAAAUUAAAUCUCUAGUUACCGGAGAUUCUCACAAAAAACAUUCUUCUAAACCAACAAUGUUGCCAUCCACCAAGCCUCAAGAUGAAAUGGGGACUCCAACUAAAAAGGAAGAUAUCAUAAUCAGGGAGUUAGAAUCCAGUCCUGCAACUUACAGAAAGCACAAACCCCACUCGUCAGUGAAUGAAGAAACACUGAAAAAUACAGGUGAUGAUUCGAGAAAAAUUUCAGAUCAAAAAGACAGUGAAUCCAGCAAAUCCAGUGAUUUAGUCUCUCAAAAUGAUAAUCUUGACAAGGGGUCUUCUGAAAAAUUAACAGUAGCAACACAUGGAGAGGUUAUUGGUGCAGUUGGAAGAGAGGAUAUCUUAUCAAGAAACUUGUACUAUAAUCAAGUGAAAGGUUUACCAGAGGAAGAAAGGAAAAAGUAUGCUUUCGCUAAACUGAAAACACAAGAGUUUCUGUUGAACCAGAAAGAAUUUUCGAAUAUAUUAAAAAGCGAACAAGAACAGGAAAUUAGUCCUAAAUCAGGGGAGAUUAUUCCGCAAUCCGAGAACAAAUACAACAGCCAACCAAAUGUGGCAUUAGAACAACAACUCGUAACAAGAAAAAUUGGGAGUGAAGAUUUCAUUAAAGAAGGAAUUGGCCUUCUACCAUCGGCUCCUACUUUGGAGCAAAUGGACCAGAGAGAGGUCGAAAAUACGGAAACUGUGAUACAUAGAGUUGUGAAACCUUUAUCGCCGACUAAAACCAUUUUCCAAGAAAUCAGGAAGCGUGAAGAAAGUCCUGAUAGACAAGUUUACAUAAUGAAAGAAGGGUACAUGAUAACAAAAGAAAAUAAAGAAAAUGUUAAAUUGGACAAGAAUGAACGAAUGGAGAACCUUGAAAGGAGGAGAAUGUUUACUUCCAUCGAAGAACGAUCUCAGAAGGAAGAAUAUCAAGACCAUUCUUCGAAAAAUCCCGUAUUCGAAGAGAUUUCAAAAGAAGGGAGUGGAAAAGUAUCCAGUGUACACAGCGAUGGCUCGCCUCCAGUCCAAACGACAGAUUCCACUGAAGGUCAAGAUUACGUGGAUAGAAGCAUCGAUUCACCUUCUCGCUCAGUACCACCACAAGGCGACUUAGAGGUUAGAAGAUACCGCACCAAAAAGAGGACACUUGCAGACAUGGAACAAGGACCUGCUACCAUUGUUACAGAGACUAGGAUAGAAAGGGGAAGUAAUGGUGAAAAAAAGUAUAUUACUUCCUGUUUCCUCAACAAAGUGUCUACCCCGGUUUGGUAUACAGAAUCACUUCUUUUGGAUUUGGAAGAAAAAACCAAGAAAACUGACGUCAAGGUCUUUUAUGAUGACCUUUAUGAACCAUACCGAUGGCAAGAAUCUUUCAAUACCGACCUGACUUCGAAAAACACUUACGUAACAGAAGUCCAUAUUCCAGUCAAUGAACAAAGUGAUGGAAUUCACUAUAUCUCGUUGGAAAAUCAACAGCUGAAGGGGCAAGAUAUGGAUCAAGAGAACUGAAUGGAAUAUGUUCGGAAUAAACCUUAUACCGAUUUAUUUGAAUUUCAUCUCGCAAUGUAAACAUUCCUAGGUAUUAUUAUUAAAAAUUGCAACUGAAAUUCAAUAUUCUAUAUCUACGUCAAAUGUAUUUUAUUGUAUUUUAUUUAUGUACCUUUGUUUAAAUAAAUUUUACUCAUAAA